GUUCUUUCCCAUUCGUGCUAGAACGAGGGGUUACGUUCAAUUCAAGAUGUCGGCAGUGUGUGUGUAUCCCAUGUGUUUUCGGCUGAGCCGGGGCCUCCUCAGGCUGAGAAGUGAUGCGUCGGCUUCCACAGCGGCGGGUUUAAUCAGAAAACUCUCUGUUGGACUGGGAAAAGGUAAAGAAAGCGGCGCCACAGAGGGGCUAGCUCAGGCUAUACUACAGGAGCGACUUCAGCAGCAGGGUACUCAGAGUCAACCUCCUCCUAUAGGGGAGGGAAAGAACUCCGAGCAGCAGGAUGAUCAAAGAGAAGACAAGAAGCAGAAAGAGAACAUGGCGUAUGCAAAGAAGGUGGUGCUUCGCUUGGCGGGGCUUAUGGGACUCGGGGGCGCAAUCGGCGUGGUCUACAUCUUCGGUAGCAACUCGGUAGAUGAUCAUGGAAAUAAGAUAGCAGAUGAGUUUGAUAACGACGGACCCGUUCUCCAGCAGCUCAAGAGAACUUUCAAAUAUUUCAAAGAUUACAGACAGAUGAUCAUUGAACCCACAAGUCCAAAGCUUCUACCCGACCCACUGAAGGAGCCCUAUUACCAGCCUCCAUACACCCUGGUGCUAGAGCUCACCGACGUUCUGCUUCAUCCCGAAUGGUCGUUGGCCACAGGCUGGCGUUUCAAGAAGCGACCAGGCAUCGACUACCUAUUCCAGCAACUAGCGCCACUUUACGAGAUUGUCAUCUUCACAUCCGAAACUGGCAUGACGGCGUUCCCGCUGGUUGACAGCAUAGACCCACAGGGCUUUGUCAUGUACCGUCUCUUCCGGGAUGCCACUCGCUACAUGGAGGGCCAUCAUGUCAAGGACGUGUCUUGUCUGAACAGAGACACCUCUAAAGUAAUUAUAGUGGACUGCAAGCGAGAGGCCUUCAGCCUGCAGCCCUUCAACGGCUUGGCACUGCGCAAGUGGGACGGCAACUCGGAGGACCGCACGCUCUACGACUUGGCUGCCUUUCUUAAAACAAUUGCGAUGAACGGCGUGGAGGAUGUGCGUACGGUCCUGGAAAACUACGCCCACGAGGAAGACCCCAUUGAAGCGUUUAAAAGGAGACAAGCACAGCUCGCACUGGAGGAGGAGCAGAGGCUGGCGGAUAUUUCUCAGCAGAAGAAGCAGGGCUUAUCUUUAGGCACCAUUGCAGGCCGUUUCUGGUCCCGCAAGCAGCAGUGAAGGUUGUCCUCGUUGAAGGCUGGCAGUUCUGGACCACCCUGGGCAGUGACUGGGAGGGGAUGGUUUGGCAUCCAGUUCCUUCCACUGAACACUUGCCGCCAUAAUGGGGGAGAGGAGUCAAGAACUCCAAAAAGACAUUUAGUACGUAUGUGCUGGUGAAGGCACUCUCUGGACUGUGUUUGUGUCUACAAAUUCGUUCCAAAGGUCUAUAUACCAGGACCAAUUUUUUCCCCACUCCUUAGCUCAUGUAUUGUUUCUACUCAUGCAGGAAAAAAAAAACUGUUAACAGCCACAGCUUGUAUUGAACACAGUCAUUGCUCACUAGAAGAUUGUGUGUCUCGUUUCAGCCCCUAAUUCCAUUUUAGUGCUAUAUUUGGAGGACUGAUUGGGUGUGGCCACCCAAUUUACCCAAGGAGUUAGUACUGGAGUUGUGUACUCUUGCUGCUGUAAUGACUGCAUCUGUGUAAUGACAGCACGCCAGAUUGUAGUUCAUAUUAAGUGAAGUCACAUCUAAUGAUGACAUUGACAGUGUGCCAUUUCUGUUUAUAACUGCAGUGGUACACUCCAUCUGAUGUGCUUGUGUAAUGCGUUUUAAUGUGAACUGCUUAAAUGACUUUCAAUAAACAAAAAUGUGUUUGACUUUCUACAA